AUGGUCAUUCUGCAGCAGGGGGACUAUGUGUGGCUGGACCUGAAGAAAGGUGGCCAGUUUGACGUUCCAGUCGGAGCUGUGGUCAAGCUCUGCGAUUCGGGUCAGAUCCUGGUGCUGGAUGAUGAGGGUCAGGAGCGCUGGAUCUCACCUCAGAAUGCCAUUAACAUAAAGCCCAUGCACCCCACCUCCAUCCACGGAGUGGAGGACAUGAUUCGUCUGGGGGACCUGAACGAGGCCGGCAUCCUUCGAAACCUCUUUAUCCGUUACAACGAACGGGUUAUAUAUACGUACACAGGUUCAAUCCUGGUUGCAGUGAAUCCCUAUCAGCUGCUUCCCAUCUACACGGCGGACCACAUUCGGCUCUACACUAAUAAAAAGAUCACAGAAAUGUCGCCGCACAUCUUCGGCAUCGCUGACAACUGUUACUUCAACAUGCAGAGGAACAAGAGGGACCAGUGCUGCAUCAUCAGUGGUGAGUCUGGAGCCGGGAAGACUGAGAGCACCAAACUCAUCCUGCAGUUCCUGGCGGCGAUCAGUGGACAGCAUUCCUGGAUCGAGCAGCAGGUUCUGGAGGCCAAUCCCAUUCUAGAAGCUUUCGGGAAUGCUAAGACCAUACGCAACGAUAACUCCAGUCGCUUCGGCAAAUACAUCGACAUUUUCUUCAACAAGAGAGGAGCCAUCGAGGGGGCGAAGGUCGAGCAAUACCUGCUGGAGAAAUCACGAGUGUGCAGACAGGCUCCAGAUGAAAGAAACUACCACAUAUUCUACUGCAUGUUGAAGGGCAUGAGUUCUGAUCUCAAGACCAGACUGGGACUAGGCUCGGCUACAGACUACACCUAUUUGACCAUGGGGAGCUGUAUCGAGUGUGACAGUCGGGAUGAUAUGAAGGAGUACUCCAGCAUCCAGUCGGCCAUGAAGGUCCUGAUGUUCACAGUUACUGAGAACUGGGAGAUCUGCAAGCUGCUGGCUGCCAUCCUGCACAUGGGCAAUCUGCGCUUUCAGGCUCAGACAUUUAAACACUUGGACGCUUGUGUAGUGGUCAGCUCGUCCGACCUGAGCAAAGCUGCAAACCUACUGGAGGUGGACCCUGAGGACGUCAGGAUGUGUUUGACCUCUCGUACCCUCAUCACUCGAGGAGAAAGUGUAUCCACUCCACUCAGCGUGGAUCAGGGACUUGAUGUACGAGACGCCUUCGUUAAGGGAAUAUACGGAAGGUUGUUUGUGUGGAUCGUGGACAAAAUCAAUGCUACCAUUUACAGAACCCCAGCGGCUGACCACAGCAGCCGCAGAUCCAUCGGCCUGCUGGACAUCUUCGGCUUUGAGAAUUUCACCACCAACAGUUUUGAGCAGCUGUGCAUCAACUUUGCGAACGAGAACCUGCAGCAGUUCUUCGUGCGUCAUGUGUUUAAGCUGGAGCAGGACGAGUACAACCUGGAAUACAUCAACUGGCAACACAUCGAGUUCACCGACAACCAGGAGGCGCUGGACAUGAUCGCCAACAAACCCAUGAACAUCAUCUCACUCAUCGACGAGGAGAGCAGGUUUCCCAAGGGAACUGACGCCACCAUGCUUCAUAAACUCAACUCCCAACACAAGCUCAGCGUCAACUACAUCCCUCCUAAACACAGUCACGAGAGCCAGUUCGGCAUUCAGCACUUCGCUGGUGUGGUGCACUACGAAACCAAAGGGUUUCUGGAGAAGAACCGUGACAGUCUGCACAGCGACAUCAUCCAGCUGGUUCACUCCUCCAAGAACAAGUUCAUCAAACAGAUCUUUCAGGCGGACGUUGCUAUGGGCAUGGAGACUCGGAAGCGCUCGCCGACUCUGUGCAGUCAGUUUAAACGUUCUCUGGAGCUGCUCAUGAGGACGCUGAGUGUGUGCCAGCCCUUCUUUGUACGCUGCAUCAAACCCAAUGAACUGAAGAAACCGAUGAUGUUUGACAGGGCCUUGUGUGUACGACAGCUGCGGUAUUCAGGAAUGAUGGAGACUAUCCGGAUCCGCAGGGCUGGAUAUCCCAUACGUUACAGCUUCGCAGAAUUCGUGGAUCGUUACAGAGUUUUCAUGCCCGGUGUUAAACCCGCUUACAUACAGGAGGAUCUGCGAGGGUUGUGCCGGAACAUAGCGACUCUGGUUCUGGGUCAAAAUGACGACUGGCGGAUUGGAAAGACAAAGAUUUUCCUUAAGGACCAACAUGACAUGCAGCUGGAGAUUGAGAGGGACAAGACCCUCACCAACAGGGUCAUUUUUAUCCAGAAAUCAGUGCGGGGCAGGAAGGAGAGGAACCGCUACUUAAAGGUCAGACGAUCUGCAGUUCUGAUCCAGAAGAUGUGGAGAGGAUACAUCUGCAGGAGAAACUACAGACUGAUGUGUGUAGGUUUCUUGCGACUGCAGGCGCUCUGGAGGUCCCGAAAGCAUCUCUUGGCCUACAGAAGGACCAGGACGUGUAUCGUACUGCUGCAGGGACGAUGCCAUGGCUACCUGGUGAGGCAGAUGUUCUGGAGAUACCUAAACGCCAUCCGGACCAUCCAGGCUUACGUCCGCGGCAUGAUCGCCCGCAGACUGUACACACAUCUCAGACUAGAGAAUGAACGUAAGCUGGAGGCCGAGCGGCAGCGUCUGCUGGAGGAGGAGAAGCUGAUGAAGCAGAUGACGGCGCGCAGGGCCCGAGCCGAGGCCGAGCGGAUGCACCAGGAUCGCCUGGCCCAGCUGCAGCGGGAGGAGGAGGAGAGACGGCAGGCCGAGGUCGAGGAGGCCCAGAGGAAGAAGGAGCUGCUCAAGCAGAUGGAGAAGGAGAAACAGGAGGUGCUCAGCGAUUCCGAGAUGGUGGACAGGAUGUUCGGAUUUCUGGGGAACCCAAACUCGCUCCUCAGCUUGGAGGGUGAAGCACCGGCUGGAUUCGAGGAUCUGGAGAACGUUCCUAAAGAUCUGGAGGAGGACAGAAUUGAGACUCUGGCUCUCCAGGAUGAGGAGAAGGAGGAUUUAUCUGAGUACAAGUUCGCCAAGUUUGCUGCUACUUACUUCCAGGGAAACACAACUCACACGUACGUGCGGCGGCCACUCAAACAACCACUGCUGUACCAUGAAGAUGAAGGAGACCAACUGGCUGCACUGGCAGUGUGGGUGACGGUCCUGAGGUUCAUGGGAGAUCUGCCCGAGCCCAAAUACCAGCUCAGCAUCAGCGACGGCAGCGAGAAGAUACCCGUCAUGACCAAGAUUUAUGAGACGCUGGGCAAAAGGUCCUACAAGAGGGAACUGCAGAGCCUGCUGGGGGAGGAUGAGAGUUCCAUCACUGACAGAGAAAAGAAAAACAGCAUCCGGCACAAGCUGGUGUCUCUUACACUGAAGAAGAAAUCCAAAAUCACGGAGGUGACCAAACAAUUGAAUGACAGUGAUUACACUUUGCAGGAAAUGCUGGAGAAUCGACCCACUUCCAACCUGGAAAAGCUUCACUUCAUCAUCGGAAACGGGAUCUUGCGACCCACCCUGAGGGAUGAGAUCUACUGUCAGAUCUGUAAGCAGCUGACCCAAAACCCAUCCAAAAGCAGCCACGCCCGAGGAUGGAUCCUGCUCUCACUCUGUGUCGGCUGCUUCGCGCCGUCUGAGAAAUUUCUCAAAUAUUUGCGGACGUUCAUCAGCGCCGGGCCGCCCGGCUACGCUCCGUACUGCGAUGAGAGACUGAGACGAACUUCUGUGAAUAAGACCAGGACUCAGCCUCCCUCGUGGCUCGAGCUGCAGGCCACUAAAUCGAAGAAGCCCAUCAUGCUGCCGGUGACCUUUAUGGACGGCACCACGAAGACGCUGUUGACCGAUUCGGCCACCAUAGCCGCUGAGCUCUGUAACGCUCUGGCAGAUAAGAUUGGACUGCAGGACCGUUUCGGGUUCUCUCUGUACAUCGCUCUGUUCGAUAAGGUGUCGUCCCUCGGUAGCGGAAAGGACCACGUGAUGGAUGCGGUGUCACAGUGUGAGCAGUACGCCAAAGAGCAGGGAGCUCAGGAGCGUAACGCCCCCUGGAGGCUGUUCUUCAGGAAGGAAAUCUUCACCCCAUGGCACAACCCUGCUGAGGACAGUGCAGCCACCAGCCUCAUCUACCAGCAGAUCGUCCGCGGAGUCAAGUUCGGAGAGUACCGCUGUGAUCGGGAGGAGGACUUGGCCGAGCUGGCGUCUCAGCAGUACUACGUCGAGUACGGGACAGAGGUUCAUCACGACCAUCUUCUGACCCUCAUCACCUCCUACAUCCCAGACGGAGAGAUCAGCUCAUCCAAAACCGUGGAGAAAUGGGCACAGGUCAUCACGUCAACCCACAAAAAGGGAAUUUACACACAGAAGAGGUUCGAUCCUCAGAGAGUGAAGGAAGACGUGGUGGAUUUCGCUCGCUUUAAGUGGCCUUUGCUUUUCUCUCGCUUCUACGAGGCCUUCAAAUUCUCAGGACCCAGUCUGCCGAAGAACGACGUGAUAGUGGCAGUGAACUGGACCGGAGUUUACUUUGUGGAUGAAGAAGAGCAAGUUCUCCUGGAGCUCUCUUUCCCAGAGAUCACUGCGGUAUCCAGCAGCAGAGGAGGGAAGCUUCAGGGUCAGAGUUUCACACUGGCAACCAUUAAAGGAGACGAAUACACCUUCACCUCCAACAACGCCGAGGACAUCUGUGACCUGGUGGACACUUUUUUGGAAGGUCUGCGUAAGAGGUCAAAGUUUGUAGUGGCUCUCGAGGACGGCCAUAACCCUGCUGGACACAACUCGUCAUUCCUGACCUUCUCAAAGGGAGAUCUGAUCCUGCUGGAUGAACACACAGGAGAACACGUUCUGACCUCCGGCUGGGCUCACGGGGUGAACGAUAGGACCAAGAGGAGAGGAGACUUCCCCGCGGACUGUGUAUAUGUGCUGCCCACCAUCACCAGACCACAGUAUGAUAUCGUGGCCUUGGUCAGCAUGACUCCAGAUCAGUGUAGAGACUCCAUCAGUUUAUCACAGCUGACCAUUACGGAUGGUGAGGAGAAAGUAAAGCCCUACACCCUGGAGGAGUUUUCUUAUAAUGACUUCAGACAUCCUGCUAAAAGCACCCUGAGUCGUGUGAUUACGAAGGGCAGGGGGAAGGACAAACUGUGGUGCUGCACCAGAGAACCUCUCAAACAACCUCUGCUCAGAAAAGUCCUGAACCAUGAGGAACUCUCACAGGACGCCUGCCUGGCCUUUAUCGCCAUCAUGAAGUACAUGGGCGACUAUCCAGCUAAGAGAAUUCGCUCGGUUAAUGAACUCACUGAUCAGAUCUUCGAGGGAGCGAUGAGGGCUGAACAUCUCAAGGAUGAGAUUUUCUGUCAGAUCAUGAAGCAGCUCACUGAGAACCACGUCACGUACAGUGAGGACAAGGGCUGGGAGUUACUGUGGCUCUGCACUGGACUUUUCCCUCCCAGUAACAUCCUCCUGCCUCACGUUCAGAAGUUCCUACAGUCCAGGAAGCACCAGGCGCUGGCUCCAGACUGCAUGCAGAGACUGCAAAAAGCCCUGCGAAAUGGUCCGAGGAAGUACCCUCCUCACCUGGUGGAAGUGGAAGCCAUUCAGCACAAAACCACACAGAUCUUCCAUAAAGUUUACUUCCCUGAUGAUACAGACGAGGUUUUUGAAGUGGAGUCGAGCACUAAGGCUAAAGAAUUCUGUCUAAACAUCUCCAGCAGAUUGAUGCUCAAAUCAUCCGAAGGUUUCAGCCUGUUUGUCAAGAUUUCCGACAAGGUCAUCAGCGUUCCAGACGGGGAUUUCUUCUUUGAUUUUGUUAGACAUCUGACUGACUGGAUUAAAAAAGCCAAACAUAUAAAGGACGGUGUCGUGCCUUCCCUGACCUAUCAGGUUUAUUUCAUGAAGAAACUCUGGACCAACACUGUGCCGGGCAAAGACGCUGUAGCUGAUACCAUCUUUCACUACUACCAGGAGUUAUCUAAAUACCUGCGUGGUUACCACAAGUGCUCACGUGAAGAGGCCUUCGAGCUUGGAGCCCUGAUUUACCGGGUGAUGUUUGAAGAGGAUAAAUCACAGUUUGCAAAUUUCUCCAAGACACUGAAAGAUCUCGUUCCUCAGGAUCUGAUCCAGCAGCUCUCAGCGGACGAGUGGAAACGCUCCAUCCUGACCUGCUUCAACCAACAUGCUGGGAAAAGUCAACAAGAUGCCAAAGUCACGUUCCUCAAGAUCCUCUCCAAGUGGCCAACUUUUGGAUCAGCUUUCUUUGAAGUCAAACAAGCUUCUGAUCCAAACCUUCCGGAGUUCCUGCUGAUAUCGAUCAACAAGCACGGCGUCGGCCUGAUCGACCCAAAAACGAAGGAGAUCCUGACGACACAUCCCUUCACCAAAAUCUCGAACUGGAGCAGUGGGAACACCUACUUCCACAUCACCAUCGGCAACCUCAUGAGAGGCAGCAAGCUGCUGUGUGAGACGCCGCUGGGCUACAAAAUGGAUGACCUGCUGACCUCCUACAUCAGUCAGAUGAUGAGUACGAUGGCGAAGCACCGCAGUUCCUAUUAAAACAGCAGCACAGACGACGCAACAAAUAAAAAGCCUUUUUUCACUGUUACACAGAAUAACUCCAUUAAAGCCUAACACUGUG